AUGGACGCCAGCUACCUGUCGCAGCAGGUCAACACGAUUAUCGGCCAGCUGCAUGGCCUCUUCGACGAGAUAGGCGUCUCCAGUCACGAGCGUGAGCGCCGCGAAGAAGAGCUAUUCGCUGCGCUGUCUGAAACUCUACACAAUCAUGUGCGGGGAGUCACAAAUGAGAAGCGAGAAAUGCUUGACGAGGCAAAUCGCAUCAUCACCACAAUCCGACAAAUGGAAGCGUCGCUCGACGACAGCAAACCUCGCACAUCCCACCCCUCUGACGACGGUGACCUCAAAGUCACGUACCCAUUGUCUCGUUGUCUGAUCGGGCUCAAGGAGAAGCACCAGCAGAUCAGCAAGCUCCAUCGUGAGCGCUUCGAGCAAGUCAACAAGCUCGUCCAAGCUUUGGAGUCAUACUCCUCACAUCUAGAAGCAAGCUUUGUCAAGAUCGCACUCCCGCCCGUGGGCCCCAACCAAUCAAUUCCGCCCACGUUCGACUUGUCACCUUCGUAUGUGGACAAGCUCGACGAUGAAUUUACACGAGUGUACGAGGAGUACACGCGCCGCGUGGAGACGGUCAAGGCACUGGCGCAGAAUACGAUCCAGCUCUGGGCGGAGCUGGGCACGCCGCAAGCACAGACGGAUGCCGCAAUUGUGAAGUACUACCGAGAUGCACCUGAGCAGCUUGGCCUCCACGAAGACGACAUCGCGCGCCUGCGAAGCAAGAGGGACAAGCUGUCUGAAGAGAAGAAGAGCCGAGAGAAGCGCCUCAAGGACCUCAAGGUCGCGGUGGAGGCUCUCUGGGAAAAGCUUGGCGUCGAGGAGCCGGAGCGUAAGGCGUUCCUGAACGGCAACCGUGGCUGUGGCGUUAGGCAAAUCAACGAGUUUGAGGAUGAGCUCGGACGUCUCAACGAGCUCAAGAGACAAAACCUGCAUGUCUUCGUUGAGGACGCCCGCUACAGGAUACAGGAGCUCUGGGACGCCCUUUACUUCUCCGAAGACGAAAUGCUCGACUUCACUCCUGCUUUCUCAGAUGUCUACAGCGACGCACUCCUCGAGGCGCACGAGCGCGAGCUUGCCAGACUCGAGUCCCUGCGAGAACAGCGCGCUCCCACCUUGGCCCUGGUUGACAAGCACAAGACCCUCACACACGAUCGAGAUGAGCUUGCAAGCUCAAGUCAGGAUGCAUCUCGCCUCAUGAUGCGUGGCCAGAAAGGCGAGAAGCGGGAUCCAGGCAAGCUGCUGAGGGAGGAGAAGAUGCGCAAGAGGAUUGCAAAGGAAUUGCCAAAGGUCGCAGCCGAGCUUGCGAAAAUCCUGACCAAGUACGAGGAAGAAUAUGGACGCCCGUUCCUCGUCCAUGGCGAGCGGUAUCUCGACUCGCUUGAGGUAGAGGCGCCACGGGCGGCAGCACCAGGUGCUCGGCCAAAGACCCCAGGUGUUCCUCCAUCGGCGACUCGCCCGCAAAGAACGCCCGGACCUAGUCGGACCAACAGCAACGCCAGUCGCGCGGCUGCACCACCAGCCCGACCAAAAACUCCAGGUGCAGGUGCAGGUGGCACAAUUCGAAAGCCGCAAGUCACCAGCCAGGCCCCCAAAGAUCCCAAAGCCAGCCCAUCGCGGAUUCCAGCGCGCGUUCCACUGUCGAAUCUGAAGCAUGGCAACAACUCACCUGAACGGCCACGGCCAGAAUCUCGCGCUGCCCCUGGCAUGCUGCGUCAAGCGCCACCGUCUAUGAGGGCGCCGCCGCCGAAAAUGAGGGAGCUUGUGCCAGCACCAGGAUUGGAAACCCCUGCGAACCCGUACCGAGGUACUGGUCUUACGUCCAGCAUUGUCCGUCAGGUAGAGCCAGAAGAUGUCUAUGAUGACCGUCACUCCAACAACAGCUACGAGCGCUCUUAUCAGCGGCCGGAGUCCCACCGGUCGGUGCGGGCAGCAUACCCUCAGGCACCACCACCGCGACAGAUCUCAAACACGUCCACGGCGAUAUCGGGGUCAGAGAACUGGGAGACCUAUGACGACAACUCUGAACCUGAGCCCGAUGCAUCUGAUGCAUAUUAUGCCAAGGUCCGUGCCGCAAGGAACAAGCGAUUUACCCCCGACGACGAAUACUCGAGGCCGCAGGCAGCGCAAGCCAAGAGGAUACGAGGCAUACCACCAGCCAUGCAUGCUGGUAAUGGCAUGGUUGACAUUGAGGGCAACCGCAUAAUAUCCGGCAGCGAGUGGACGGAUGAGGACGCUUUCUGA